UCGUGACGUGAGACGAGUUUUGGCACGCAUGGUGUUGGUUGGAGAACUGCUCGCAAAAGCAGCGUGGUGACUGCGAAUUUGCUUAGUCUGGUGGACGGUGUGCUCUGGUGAGCGUAGUCGGCCGUCGAGAGCGCAUGUUGGCUUCGAUUCCAAUUGAAUUGCUGUCGGAGUCUGUAAGCAGAGCCGUCGCACUUUUCAUCUCGUCGGCGGAGACGAUCAUUUGCUCACCUUCUCGACGAAAUUUCACACGAGCUGCAUUCAUGUCUGGCAGCAAUUUCGGGCCGCGCAAGUUUUACUCGCUGCCCGAAAACUACAAGGGCGGCGAGUCGCAACCCAAAAAGUGCCAUGACACCAACAAGCUGAUCCAGUACAUCGACCAGAACGUCGUCGGCAAGGACACGACGUUCAAUGGACCCUACGGAGGACGAAAGGUUGUGUACUGCGAUUACACGGCGUCCGGCCGGUCGCUCAGUUUCAUCGAGCAGUUCAUCUUGAGCGAGGUGCUGCCCUGCUACGGCAACACCCACACGACGACCUCCACGACCUCGCUGCAAUCCACUCUCUUCAGACAUGAGGCUCGCGAUAUUUUCCGAAAUGCAGUCAACGCUUCGGAGCACGACGCAGUUAUUUUCGCUGGAAACGGGUGCACUGGGGCCGUCCACAAGCUCAUCCACGCGCUCAACUUGCAGGUGCCGCCGAUUGUAUUUGUCGGUCCUUGCGAGCACCACUCGAAUCUCCUUCCAUGGCGCGAGAUCGGCGCCAAAAUCAUCAGGAUACCAGAGACCAAGGAUGGUUUUCUCGAUUUGGACAAUCUCAAGUGCCAACUAGAGGCCCACUCUCAACUGAACCAGCAAAUGAUCGGCUGCUUUUCGGCUGCGUCCAACAUUACUGGCGUCAUGGCUGAUGACGUCGCCACAACCCUUUUGCUACACCAGUUUGGAGCGCUCGCUUUCUGGGAUUAUGCUACUGCAGCUCCUUACGUCAAAAUUGACAUGAAUCCAUUGCUGCACGGUGCUGGUGAGAGCUCUGUUAACAAAGACGCAAUUUUCUUCUCAGUCCACAAGUUUGUUGGAGGAGUACAAACACCAGGCGUCCUAAUUGCAAAGAAAUCAUUGUUCAAAAACAAAACACCAAACGGCUGUGGUGGAGGAACAGUUUUUUUUGUUUCCAGAGAUGAUCAUAAAUACCUCAAAGACGUUGAGCUCAGAGAAGAGGGAGGCACGGCUGCAAUUGUCGAGUCGGUGAGAGCCGGUCUGGCAAUGCAAUUGAAAGAAAGCGUUGGCGUGCAAGCAAUUAUGGCCAGAGAAGAGCAAAUCGUCAAAAAUGUACUGGCGCACAUUAAAACGGUGCCCGAGUUGUUGUUGUUAGGCCCUCUUACCCACUCAUGCAAUCAGCGUUUGGCCAUUUUCUCAUUUAUGGUCCGUCAUCCUCGAGGGACGUUUCUGCACCAUAACUUUAUCUGCACAAUUCUGAAUGAUGUGUUUGGAAUUCAGGCAAGAGGCGGUUGUGCCUGUGCUGGGCCAUACGCGCAAGACUUGCUAGGAAUCAAUGAAGACCUUGCAAAGAAAUACGAGGACAUAUUAAUAGAGGACAGCCGACUGGAUAGAACGCAUUUGAGGCGGCAAGAAGAACAUUCCAAUUAUGAGAUGCUGCGCCCUGGCUUUGCUCGAAUAAGUCUUCCAUACUUCAUGAGUGACAACGAAGUGGCUUUUGUCUUGGAGGCCCUGAAAAUGGUUGCGUUGGAGGGAUGGAAACUUCUGCCCCAGUACAUUCUGAAUCCAGAAACUGGCGAGUGGCGGCAUCGAUCAAAUUUAGUGUUCAAAGACCGACGCUGGCUGGGCAGCAUAAACUAUGUGGGGGGCCAAAUGAACUACUCUGAUAAAAAAGUGGCCAACAAUGCAUUAGCUGUGCCUGAGGAUUACUCUCAUAUUCUGCAAACGGCCAGAAAUAUUUUUGGAAAAGCACGAAAGAUGGCUCAGCAGUACGCUAUUGCUGAUCAGAGCAUCUUGUUUGAUGAGCACGCAGAAAAGCUGCGGUGGUUCAUGCUGCCGUGUGAAGCACAGGAUUUGCUUUUGGGACACUCCCAGAACGUCAAGCACUUGGUGCCAUUCGACCCAGUGAACUACGAGGGAUCUCGAUCUAGUCCAAUACCACCGCCCAGAAUUAUUGAACCGCAAGAUUCAGUGGAGAGCAAUAGUUCUGUAAAUUUUGAAGUAGGAGGCUCGGUGGACCCUAGCAAUCUCACUUUGCAACACACACUGUGCAUCGAACAGAGCUUCAACAACUGCACCUCACUUGACUCGUCCACUGUAAGUCCGCUGCCCAAUUUGUUGCUAAACCAGAGGAGUUGCUGCAGCCAGACAGACUUGUUAAAUAUGGGUGCAAAAGAAAAUUUUGUGCAAAGCACUGAAGACAUCAAGGCCUACGUGCAAGGCGUUACCAACGAGAUAACCCAGGAAAUCAAGUCUGAGAUAAGAGAGGUCAUCUGUCAAGUGCAGGAUGUGCUUCACGAAUCUGAAUCAAACGAGUGCUUGCCUGAAAUGAGACCAAGAUCUGGAUCUUUGUCGCUCAAGUCUGCAGAAGACGUUGCCGAGUACUUGGUAGAAGCUUCACAAAAACUUGCCUCGGAGAUGAAAUCGGAGCUUAGAGAGGUCGUCAGUGCAGUGGAUUUGCUUAUAGCUGAAGAAACUGGAGAAUUGAAAAGGUCUUCAUCCCAAUCUUUAAACUCCUUAAACCAUUUCAACUUCCCUGAGCAAUCAUUGAUGAGAUCCUUCAGGAAACCGAGAACGUUUAGCUCUCCAGCCCCAAGAAGCCCUUUGUGCAAUUCACCAGUUAUUGACGACUGCUUGGAUGGUCCAACUGUGAUAGAAAGUGAAAGCACAAGCAAGGAACAAGAAUCGAAUGGACUGGAAAGCAAUGUUAAAGUCGGCCAGGAUUUGAAUCAAGCAGUGAAUUCCUGCAGUAUUAAUCGGAAAAUUUCGGUAGCCUCAACAAGGUGGUUCUGCCCUCCGAAACAAAUCUGGAAGCCCACAGUUGAGGCUAUCAGGGAGUUUGGAAUGAUUCGGCCCGGUGACAGGGUGCUCGUCUGCUUAUCUGGAGGCAAAGAUUCUCUCAGUUUGCUGCACACAAUUCACCAGUACCAGUUCUAUGCUCGUUCUAAGAACAUGGACUUUGAAUUUGGAGCCAUCACUGUUGACCCGCAAACGUCAAGCUACGACCCACGACCUUUGAUUCCGUACCUCCAAUCUUUAGGUGUGCCAUAUUUCUAUGAAGAGCAAAGUAUUUUGGACAAAGCCACAGAGUUGAAAAACAUGGACGCUUGCAAAUCAAUAUGCAGCUUUUGCAGCAGGAUGAAGCGGGGGCGAAUAUACGCAGCUGCCAGACGAGAGGGUUACAAUGUGCUGGCGUUGGGUCAGCACUUGGACGACUUGAGUGAGAGCUUCAUGAUGUCAGUUUUUCACAAUGGCCGUUUGAGAACCAUGAAAGCCCACUACAACGUCAAGGAAAGAGAUUUGAGAGUGAUUCGACCAUUUGUGUUUGUCCGAGAGAAAAAUCUGAGACAGUUUGCUGAGAGCAAAAAGUUGCCUGUGAUCAAGGAAAACUGUCCUGCAUGUUUCGAGGCCCCCAAAGAGAGGCACAGAACCAAGCAGCUGCUUGCUCAACAAGAGAUUCUGUUCCCUAAACUCAUGUGGAGCCUUAGAUCAGCCAUGAUGCCCUUAAUGAGUGUGCACAACACUGGUGUUGAGAGUAAACUUUUUUCGUCGCAUUUGAAAAAGAAUAGUGUUAGCUCGGAUGAGAGUGAAGAUUCGCAAGCUGCAGAUACCAGCUGAUCCUUUUAAAAUGAAUUUACCAGACUUCCUUCUUGAUCUUUAUAAAUAUGUUUCUGAUAAACCAAGGAAGCAAUGAUUUUUUGUUAAUAAAAAUAUAAACUAAAAAUCUUCCAUGUGAAAAAUUUCAAUAUUUUUAUUCUGCUUAAAUUUCUUUGUCAAACAAAAAACUUUCUUGAUUCAA